AGAUAAACCAUUAUCAUUCUCCUGAUUUAUAGGUAUUUAAAUACUAGGUUUAUAAGUACCAAUGAUGGGCACACACUGUAAAAAAAAUCCAGUGAAGUGCAAUAGGUAUUAGUGCUAUUUUAACAUUUUAAAUUUUCAAAUAGCAAAAAAACCAUGAAGGGGUCGAUCAAGACUAUUCAAAAUUUUAUCAUAUCUAGAUAGAAAAAUUUUUGAUCAUCCAAACUUGAAUAAAAAUUUUUCAAAAAUACGACAAUAAAAGAACUUUAUCUCGAGAGGGAAGGAGGUGGAGGUCCAAAAUUUUGUGUGGUAUGUUUUUAGGUCAAGGUACAUCCUCUAAGGUGCAUAAGAGCCCAAAAGCUCUUGGGGCCGCAAACACCCGUUAUCCAGGUAUACCCUUUUUUCCUUUUUUGUGGUAGUGAGGGGGGGGGGUAUUUCCAUAUUUUAUUCAAAAUCCUCAACCAAUUUUUUCCACCACCUUUUUGGUUCUUCAAGAAAGGAAAAUGUAUCCAUUAAUAUUUUUUAAAAGUUUUGAAAAUGUUCAUUUUUUUGGCUUAAAACCAAACAUAAGAAAAAAUAAAAAUUUCUCUAAAAACUGAAAUUUUUCAAAAAAAUUAAAAAUUCUUUGACAAUUAGAAUCAAAAAUUCUAAAAUUGUGCUUUCAGCAUCCAAUUCUACAAUCGUUUCUCUCUCUUCUUUAUAAAUUGCCAAAACUGGUUCACUUAUUAGUAAAGUUUUCAAUUUUUGGAAUGCUUCUUCAUGCUCUUCUUUCCAUUUGACCUUUGUGGUAGGUUUCACAUCACCCUUAGUGAGUUCAGAUAGGCAACUUGAAAUUUUUGCAAAAUUGUUGAUAAACUUUCUGUAAUUAGAGCACAUUCCCACAAAUGACAUCACAUUUCUCAUUGUGAUUGGUCUGGGAAAAUUCCGAAUUGCUCUAGUACUUUUCUCAAUUGGCUAGAUUUUUUCUCCAUUUACCUUGUAGCCCAAUAAUUUGAUUUCAUCAAAGAAAAACUUGCACUUGGAAGUUUUGAGUUUAAGAUUCAAUUUGUCAAGUCUUUGGAGUGUCAGCUCAAGAUUUUUUAAAGCCUCCUCAAAGGUUUUUCCAUAUGAGCAAAUAUCAUCCAUGUAAGCUACCACUCCAUUCGUUGCCUUAUUAGGAAAAGGUCGUAACUACAAAAAAAAUGAAAAAUGAGUUUGACAUAUCACUGGAAAGGGAAUUUUAUUCUCUACGCGAUGCAACACUGAAAAUCGAGAUUCGGUGGUCUCAUCUAUACCUAAAAGCCAAAAAACGAAAAGUCCUAAAUACAACACAUAAAAAAUGGUUAAUAUGAAAAGGGCUUAACUACGAAUUUUACCGGGAAACACCAGCUGAUCUUUUCGUUUCUGUUGCAUUUGGUGAUUUUAAAUUAAUUUAAUUCGUUUGAAAGAGAAAUAAGAAAAUGGAUUCGGAAAAUAUAUCAGAUGGUAAGUUCAUUGCGUGAAAUUAGUACAAUAAAAAUCAAUUUUGUCACUUCAUCUGAUGCUAACUACCUACUGUUAUCAGUCGUAUAUUGCGAGCCGGCCGAAAUCGAAAUAGUAGCUGAACUAGAAGGCGAUAUCGAAGGGGAAUACAACGUGUUGCUUGAAGCUACUAAUAAUUAUUUCGAAGAAGGAUUAUGGAAUGAACCUGAACCUGAACCUGAACCAGAAAGUAACGUUGAUCCAAACAUCGUAAUAAAUGAUAGCUCUACAAAGACUAAUGACGAAAAUGAGAAUCAAGAGCCAACUACAGAUACAGAAACUGGAACGAGAAAACGUAAACGAAAACCUCGUACCAGAUUCGCGGAACCCCAUAAUUGGGCGCAGAAUGUCCACACUGCCUCUGUAACUGCUGGAAAACCACAUUCGAGUCGAGCUGGCAAUCCUAUUGAAGAGAAAAAGUUGAAACCGGAUGAUUGUGAUUGUAAACGUUAUAAUUGUCGUAACGUAAUUACUCAUGAACAACAAAGUAGCAUUUUUCAAGAAUACCGCCAGCUUGAUCGUAAAGCUCAAAGAUCGUUUCUCAGCACGUUACUGAUAGUAAACAGUGUGCAACGUAGAACUACAGACGAUCCAUCUGUUGUACGAAAAUUUAGUGUUACGUACAUGCUACCAAACGAAUCUGGCGAUAUGAUCAGAGUAUGUCAACAAUUUUUUUGUUGGACUUUUGGAAUCUCGACUAAAGUUACACGAAAUGUUGCGAAUCGAAUUAGUCCUAGUACAGGCAGAUUUAAUCCAGAUCAUGGUAAUUUAGGUCGCGUUCCAUUGGGACGAAUCACUCCAGAACGGCUGCUGGCAAAAGUGAAUACUUUCAUCAACGCCAUCCCUAAGCUUCCAUCUCACUACUGCCGCAAAAAUUCUACUUGUUUAUUUUUGGAACCAGGAAUCGAUUUUCCGAAGCUUUACGAAUUAUACAAAAAAGAAAUGGGAGCUGAUGCUGUGUCAGUUGAUAAGUUCCGAAAGGUUUUUAAUGCAUGGGAACCUCGAAUCAAAUUCCAUCAACCAUUGAAGGAUCAGUGUACUGUUUGUAACAACGCGGAUGGUUCAGCAGAGUAUGAAGCGCAUGUCCAGAGGAAAGAAGACAUACGAGAAAUGAAAGCUAAUGAUAAACGUCUCGCAGCCACAGACGAAUCUCUAAUUUAUGGGACAUUCGAUCUACAAGCAGUGUUAGUACUUCCGUAUUGCGAAGAUGCGCAAGCUUACUACAAACGUAAGAUGAGUGUUUACAACUUCACCAUCUAUGACAGCAAUGCGGAUUGUGUUUGUAACGUUUUCGACGAAUGCAACGGACGAAAAUCAAGCACCGAAAUAAGUUCUUGCCUAUACGAUUAUCUUUUAUCUUUGAAACCUACUGUAGAACGAGUCAUUUUGUAUUGUGAUACCUGUCCGGGUCAAAAUCGGAAUCAGUUCGUUACAGCAACACUUCUGCACGCUGUGCAUACGAUUCCGAGUUUAAAAACCAUUGACCUCAAGUUCAUGGAAUCGGGGCAUUCGUUUAUGGAGUGCGAUUCAGCACAUUCUUUGAUUGAAAGGACUAGAAAAAAUCAAACAGUUUACUCGCCUACAGAAUAUGAAAACAUAAUGAAAAGGGCGCGGAAGAGUAAUGAGAAGAAAACGCCACCGGUAGUUCCAUAUAUUGUAAAACGCUUGUACUUCUCUGAUUUUUAUAACAUCAGGGCUCUAACGGAAAAAAUAAUGAUCAAUCGUAAAAAAGAUGUCGAGAAUAACAACGUUGACUGGCUGAAAAUCAAAUGGCUACGGUUCACUGAAGAUUCGGAAAAUAUUGUUUUCUUCAAAUACGAUGUGAAGAGUGAAUUUUUAAAGCUGGAUGUCAGUCGUACUCCUCGCAGGAAAUGUAAAUCAGAUGGUUCCGAAGGUGCUACAAAUCGAUUUGUUUUGAGAAAAACCGCGUACGCUGAGCAGCUGCCGAUUUCAGUGGCCAAAAAAAAAGAUCUAAUCGAUAUGCUCAAUAAAAGAAUAAUUCCUCAAGAGUAUGCCGCGUAUUAUGAACAUCUACCAAGCAGCAAACACGUAAAAGAUGAAGCCAACUGGGUGACAAACAGGAAUGGCGAGUUUGAAGAACCGGAGAUUGUUGUUUAGCCUUUUUGUUCUAUUUUUUUAAUCGAAGAAAUCAAAAGAUGAUGAGUGAUUGUAUUUUUUAAUGUUCAACUUUCAAGUUUUAAUCUUUUAUUACUCGUUUCGACUCUAUUGUGUUUGUGAAUUUUCUAUAACGAUGUUGAAUAAAUAAGAUUGAUUUCGGA